UGAGAAUAAUUCGACCCGCUGCCUUACGGAUUACCAGCUCCUGGCGCUCCCCGCGAUGCCGACACAGCCCCCCAUGCAGGAGACCGACAUCUCAGCACAGGGCCUUUUGAGGUCCCCACGCUGUUCAGGCUGAGUUGAAGAUCCCUCUUAUUUGCCGGGAGCCAAGAACUAUGAACAGGCAGGGCAAUCGAAGGACAACAAAUGAAGGAUCCAGUGAUCUGAAGUUCCAGAACGUCCCUCUGCCAAAAAAUAGGUCACGGCCUCGAGUCAACAGUCCCACAGGCCAGUACCGGACUAUUCACGAGCCUCUUCUCCAUUGCGAAAAGAACUUUGCUGCAGUCCUGGAUGGAACAAAAGGCCAUGAUGAUGAUGACUAUGAAGACCCUGAAUGUCAUGUGGUAGAGGCGUGGCAAUCGAUGAAAAUUUUACCAGCAAGGCCUAUAAAGGAAUCUGAAUAUGCAGACACACGCUAUUUCAAGGGGGUGAUGGACACUGCCCUUUCCUCAGAUGCCAAGACCUCUAUCCCCACGGAGGGGCAAACCUGGAACAUGCAGAUGAGGCCGGAAGAAGUGGACAGACCCAUUUCCAAGGACACCAGAAACCAACACGUUAAAGGUAAAGUCAAGUCAAAAACUCCGUUACCACCUCCUCGGCCGCCCAUCACCCUUCCCAAGAAGUACCAGCCCCUGCCCCCCGAGCCGGAGAGCAGCAGGUCAGCCUUCCCUCAGAGGCACACCUUCCCUGAAGCCAAGAGACAGCCCAGGCAGAUAAGCUUAAAGAACUUAAGCGAGGUCCUUGGAACAGAGAAAGUUCCUCAUCACCAGGUGAAGUCCGAAUCAUUUCACCUGUCUCAAAAUCAAAGUACUCAAGAGAUUCCUCUUGCCAUUGCCAGCUCUUCAUUCAUGGUGAGCAACUACAGUAUGCAAAACAGAGAUCAUAAAGAAAGCAUGCAGUCCCAUUCUCCUCAGAGACGUCAAUCUCCAGGCAGCUCCAGCUCUCAGGAAAAUUUGCUAUACUAUAAAAACACAAGCUGGAGAAAAACAUUCCCCGCAAGGUCUGAUGAAAAGGAUGUCCAGCACAACGAAUGGUACAUUGGAGAGUACAGUCGCCAGGCAGUAGAAGAGGCAUUAAUGAAGGAGUACCAGGAUGGUACUUUCUUGGUCCGAGACUGUUCCACGAAAUCCAGGGCAGAGCCCUACGUCUUGGCGGUGUUUUAUGGGAACAAAGUCUACAAUGUGAAAAUCCGCUUCCUGGAGAGGAAUCGGCAGUUUGCGCUGGGGACAGGACUCAGAGGAGAGGAGAAGUUUGAUUCGGUGGAAGACAUCAUUGAACACUACAAGCAUUUUCCUAUUAUAUUAAUUGAUGGGAAAGAUAAAACUGGGGUCCACAGGGUACAGUGCUACCUGACUCGGCCACUGCCUCUCAACAGACUCUUCUCACCUUGGUAGCCUGGCCUGUGUUUACCUUCAGUUCAGUGCAUCCAACGCCUCUAUCGUUUUUCAUUUAUUUCAAAAGAUUCUUUUCUGUGGCUUUAAGGGAUUUCUUCUUUGGCUUCACAGAAAAGAAAAACAUUCUAUAAUGGAAAUUAGAAAAUCAAUCACGAGUUUAAAAGCUCAAACCACAGAAGAGAUAUUUAUAAGAUGCAAAAAUUAAAACUAACUUUUAAAAAGUAUCUUCUAAAGAAAAAACUAUAAACAUGGUCAUUACGCUCAUGUUACUGACCAGCAAGAGAGGUUACAAGAAGCUAUUGCUUAAAUGUCUGCAGUUAGCACACAAGAAGUCUAGGUGAGAUUCCCAAAUCUACGCUCUUUAAAGAACCCAGCGCUGCCUUUUCUUUAUUUCAGGACUGUUUGGACUUGUGAAUUUCCAUCGUCUACGUGAUUCCUUAUGCUAAGGAUGUUGGUGAAUGUUAGCUCUAUUUGUCAUCCUGGAAACUUAAUUAUAGGAAAGGGAUAUGCUGUGGAAAACAAGAACACUUGUAAAUAUCACUUUAAAGACAGAAAUCAGAAAUGCUUUGACUAUGGUGUGAAACGGCCAAUGGACCAGUCUCUAGCAGACUGUUUAGAGCUGCUUUAAAAAAAAGUGGAAUUAGCAGAUUCAUAGUAGGGAGUAAGCUUAAGUCUGAGCGAAAGUACAAUGUUUUUUUUUAAAUUCUACCUGUGGACUUCCAUUCAAAGGAAGAGAAGAAUGUUCCUCUAAUUAGUGUUAAUAUCUUGCAGGAACAUUCCACAUGUCACAAUAUUGUCCCCUCUCAAGGCUACGAGGAUCUCAUUUUAUUCCUAUUUUACAAUACAGAUGAGGAAACUGAGGCUCAAAGAGGUUACUGAUCUUAAUCUAAGAAGAGAGCCCAGAUUUUUAUCUGUUUUGCCUGGCUCCAUUCAAGCACAUCUUCCCAAGUACAUUCCCUAUGGGAUUUUACAAUCAAACUGAAAAGCUAAAUUAAAAAGAAAGAGAGAAAGAAACAAUUUGAAAAUACAGAUUUACCCACAUUGAAAUAGAUAAAUAAAUAAACUCUUAUAGUGGGGUAAACUUAAAAAAAAAGAAUUCUGUUCGAAAUUAAUGUAUAUAAUGACUUCAAAUGUUACCAAAGCCUAGAUGUGAAAUUUAUGGAGUAUUUAUGUAAUUGUAGAUUUAAUGCAGCAGUAAAACCAACAGAAUAGGAAGGUAAGAGAUAUCAAUGAAAACAAUACCAACGAUGCCCAGUGUUUCUCUAAAAAAGCAGACAAUGAGCACUCUGAUUGGAGCUGUUGGCGUCUACCAACCAGCUCACCAACUGCCCAGGUUCUCUCCUUUCACAAGGGCAAUGUGAAGUAAUACCUCUAAGUUAGACCAGGAGAUUUGAUGCAGAAGCUGCUUGUAAAGCUGGAAAUCUUGAUCGCCAGCUGAGCCUGUCUUAGAGUGCAGCUGCACAGAAUAACAUACGAACCACACACAGAGUGUUUGGAUUGGAGCUUGGCUACCGAGGAUCAGACUGCUCAGAGCUGAAGGUACUGUGGUUGCUGGUCACUCUCAACCGGACUUCAGCAAAACCAGGCCAGUGUGGAAACAGACUCUGCAGAGAGGUCACAGGUGCGUGUGCAGGAAGAAUCUGACCUUCAUCCUCAAAAGCUAUUGGGAGAUUACAGAUCAUUCCGAUUUGCUUAUUCCCUGGGGCUGUGCUACUCAAUGCUAUGUUCUCAAGAAAUGUUCCUGAGUCUCCUCAAGCAUUGCUGUUGUUAAAGUAAAUGAGCAUUAGGUGUUAGCAUCUGAUGAGGUCUAUGUUUCCAAAAAUAUGUUAUCACCUCUUGUUCACAAAUGCAUGAUAUGAUGCUAAGAGGAAAAAGAAGUAGAAAUCGACCAUCUUAUAAUAAAACACCCACAACAUUUAUACAUAUGAAAAUCUCUGGAAAGAAAUAAAAAAUUCAAAAUAUUGACAGGGAUUGCUUUAGAUGAUUGGGAUUUGAGAGACCAUGUUAGUUAUGUCUUCUGGAACUCAGAUGCCAAGACAGGAGUUAGAAGUGCAAACAUUUAUUGGAGGCAACGCCUGAGAAAGAUAAAGGGGAGAAGGAACAGCAGUAGACAGGGAGAGCCUUCAGGCUGGGAUGUAGGGCUGACGCCUAUAAGAGGAAAGAGGGAAGAAGGGAGGAAUGAGUAGGAAAAGCACCAGUCUGAGAGCCAGUUCUGCGAGAGUCUUGGCCAGCCCAUUGGUAAUAUCCAGAGCAAAGAUUGCCCAUAGAGGAGAGAGUACCAUAGUGGGCAGAAGUGGCCAGGUCUUAGUACAUCACCAUGCUAAGCCAUUACCGGAGACUGCCCAGGGAAAACACAGCCUUCAAAUGCCAUGGGAGAUCUAGAAGGCGCUGCAGCUGAGGCUGUCAGAUGAUUUAUUGAUCAGCAGGUUCUUCUUUCAAGGGAGAUGCAAAUGGCCCACCUCCAUGCCUGCCAUAGUGACGUUCUGGUUUUCAGUGUUGAUUAUAAUAAGGACAUUUUGCUUGUAAUAGACUACUAAAGAAUAAGGGUGUAUAAAUUUUAAUUGUACUUGAUUCUUACAACAGUUCUGUAAAGAAGGCAUGGAAGGUAUUCUUAAAUCAUUUUAUAAUUGAGGAAACUAUGUUUUCUUGGCAAAAAUCUUACAGUGACAUAGUCGUGGCUGAAAACAAGCUCUUCACACACAACUCUCCUAUUCAGGGUCUAGCUGCUUAUUGGCUCUGAAAUUGAAAGCUCAAUGAUUUGGCCUUGGCAUGCCCAAAUUCCAGAGGGUUUUAAUCCCUCUUCAACUAUUAUUUCAUUUUUAGUUCGAAAGUGUCACUUGAUACCCAGCCUCAGUAAAGCAGUGGAAUUUUAGCUUUAUCUGAUUAUAGCAUCUAUACAUUCAAGAUAUUUCUUUUUGACUAAGUAAUUCCCAUUCUGGAUCAGUUUAUGUCUUCUUCCUCUCUAGUAAUACCUGAUGCACUUAUUUGUGCACUGCAUAUGAAUUCGCUGCUAGGCGCUCUUGUAAAUGUUGGAAUUAUAGUGAAUUUAGUGGGAGAAACAGACAACAGGUAUAUAAUAAGAUAAUCUAAGUUGGUUUCCCAUUACUUUGUUGUGUUUCCAUUUUAAUACUUAUCACUGAGUGCUUGUGAGUGAGGCCAACAUUAGAUAUUUUGAUGAAGCUUAUCUGAGAUGGCUUUAAAAAGUUUUGAACCAAAAAAUUUUAAAUUUUUCCAAAUUUACUCAAUGGAAAAUUCUCCCUCUUGGGUAUAUGGCGGGGGUGGGGGUGUUGUGUUUGAGUAGCCACAUCAUAGCUGAAAUUGAAUAUUCUGUUCUAAUUACUAUAGAAGAAUCCAAAUUUUCCCCAUUGUCAAAUUUAGCCCAUUGCCGUGUGUGUACACAUACACACAUUUUUUUAUAGGAUGAUCCAUAUUGUAUAUGAUUAGCAUUAUAUUUGUUAUCUAUUUUUUUAUCCUGAGUAACAUUUGUUCUAGCUAAGCAUAUUUACAUUUUUUUGAACUUUCAUGAUUUACAGCUGUGCUAACUUAAAUGAAAGCAAAUAUGUAAUUAAAUGCCAUAAUAUCUCUGUAAUUGAGUAUUAAAUAAAGAAACUUAAAAUAUAGUUAAAUUUUGUUUGUUUCAUGCCCUACUAUCCCUAAAGCCCUUUUGAAAUCAUAUUCAGGGUAAAUUUAUGAUAAAAUUUCUAGAUCAAUUUUUGACAUAUGAGCACUAGCCUAUGCCAGGUUUGAGGGAUAAAGAUGAAAAAGACACAAUUCCUGUGACUGAAGGCUAAAAGCCUGGCAGGCAAAGUACACAUGUAAUUAAAAUCACGCAAUUCAGAAACAUAGAUUCGGUAAUUCUCUCCCUUGUCCCACCGUUGCGUUGGCAGACAGAAAUGGAUGCCCUGGGGAGGGGACAGUCAGGGAAGGCUGCCCAGGGGAGAUGUUCAAGCAGAACUGAGGAAGCCUCUAGAAUGCAAGCUUUAGAAUUACAGACACUUCGUCCGUCUAUUUUUGAGCAUUCUUAUCUUUAGGGCACUAUUCUAGACCAUUCUAGUCACUAGGGAAGCAGCAAUUUACCUACCGCGUGGGUAAGUGAACACAAUAGAGGCGGCAUCCACGGGGAAAGGACAAUGCUUUAGUAAGUGUCCUGGGGAGAUUGGCUCACCAUAUGGGAGAAAAAUGCAAUUAUGUCUCUACUUCAAGUCAUAUUUAAAAACAAAUUCUCCAUGGUGCAAAUAGCUAAAAGUGAAAAGCAAACUUUAAAUUGAGUCUUGCAUUUUCUUCUAAUAAUUCUUUUGUCUGUGGGAUAGGGAAACAGUUCUUAAACAAAAUGAAAACAUAAAUCAUAAAGGGAAAGAUUGAUAGGUUCAUUACACUAAAACUUAAAAUGUUUGCAAAAGUUAGACAAAGUCAAAAGGGCUUUAAACAGCCUAAUAUAAGAAUGAGCUAAGGAUAUAAAUAAGCAAAAAAUGAAAAAAACAAAAGCCAACUCUUUGCCUUGUGAGUUAAGAUGUCCAGGCUUGCUAUCAUAACUGGACAGUGGUGGAAUUGACACAAGGAUGCCAACAGACGCUGUCAUGGAAUGGACCUGUCUUUAAGGACAAAUGACAUGAAGCCUAAUGGAGCAGACCAGGAGAUGGAAGUAUGGCUUCUCUGGUCCCCAACCCCACAGUGCUGGACAACAGACCCACAUCGAGGGAGAUUUGAGCCAGAAUGCUUAAAGAGAGGCCAGGAGAGUGGGCAACCUCCAUGGGAAUGGCAAGUGAGCUCCCUGUCUGCCCACUAGAUGAAAGGAAAAGGGACAAAUGGAUCCUAAACCCUUCCUCUGUGCUUACUGAGAGACUUGCUGAAACAAAGAGCAAUCACCCAGGAGCCUCCCCAGCAUGCUCAGGCUUCAUGCUUAUCUGACGUCUACAAAGCUACGUCUACAACCAUAGCCAAGAAAUGCUAAUUAAAUAACAAUUGUAUAGCACUUUUCACCCAUCAGCGUGGUCAAAAUUAAAGAUUCAGAUAGUAUCAAAAGCUGGUGAGGACGCAAAGAAAUAAAAAUUCUCAAUUGCUAGUUGAAGCAUUGCAGGGUAGGUACCUGACAAUUAGCAUUUUCGUUGUAAUGUAAGUGCCUGACUUUGAGCUUUUGAUUGCAGAGGCAUCCAUUUCAAAGACAUCCUCUUGAGUAAACACGUUGCCAGCUACACAACUAGACGAAGAGCCAGGCCGCCCCACCCAGGAAGUUCGGCUCUGGUGACCUAGUUAACUGACCUCCUGAGUGACCCCGGUUUUCCCUUCCUGUGCUUUAAUUCCCAUUCUUGUUGUAAAUUCACCAAGAGCAAACCAGC